GUUUCAGCUCUGACCAAGCCGCUGAUGUAGAGAAAGAGAGAGGCGGGAAAGUCCUGGCCACGGUGCGCCUCCGGCUAUAAAAGCCGCUGCCGCCCGCCGGCCCGGCAGCGCUCCAGCACUACCUCAGCGAGCCCGCAUGGCGCAGCGCGCCGGCCCCGACUGCCCCCGUGGCUGGCUCCUGGCGACUCUCCUCUGCCUCAGCCUGGCCGACUUGGCAGCGACCUCGCCGCUGCCUUCCUCCUGGCCCAAUCUGAACGACUGCCUGAAUGUCUCCAAAUCCCUGGUAACCGCCGCGAGGGAAGCGCUGCACCAGCUGAAGGAACUUGGCACGCUAGGAUUUGAAUGUACCCUUGAAGAGGUUGAUCUUGAAGAUAUCACUAAGAAUAAAAUCAACACAAUUAAGGCUUGUAUGCCAGAAGAGUCAAAGACUGAAAAUUGUCCUACACUGAAAAGAGCUGAUUUUGAUAAGAUUGAGUGCCUGCGAGGUAUCAAUGAAGACCUGAAGGCGUACAAGGCAGAGUUCAAGAAUUUCAAUAACCAGAAGAUGCUGGCUGCUAUUGACAAAAUGAUACAGGCUGUGAAAAUUAACAGUGCGAGUGUGGAGCAACCCUCUACAAACAGAGGAUCAGCCUCUUUCAAAGAGAGAAUGAGGUUAUGUAGUGUUAUCCAUGCUUUCACAAUUCGCACUGUGACCAUAACCAAGAUGCUGAACUACUUGAAUUCUCCUGGAAGCUCAUCAUAAUCACUCAAACCUGGAAGCACUUUCUAUAAAACAUUGAAUCAAAGCUAUUUUAAGUAUCUGAAGAAAAUAUAUAUUAGGUUCUACUUACUGCAAGAGCUCUGUGUGCAGUACUUUCACUGUGAAACUUGUACACACAGAGGGCUUUCAGGAUAUGGACCUGAAUUUAAGAAUACAGUAAUAUUUCUACAAAAACUUUUCAAGGAUUAAGCACAGUAAUAUUCUGCAAUAUUUUUCAUGACCUGAGUUGUCUUGAGCAAAAUACUAUCAGUGUCUUUUAAGCUAAGAUGUUAAAUUUCUACAUUUCUAAAAAAAAUAAGCUAUAUUAUAUCAACAUGUUCUCAACAUAACAAAC